CCUGGGUAGUGAUUGUAUCCUAUCACUCAACACUACCGUAUUGUAUUGUUCUCGACAAUGGCAUCACGUCCAUUACUUCUCACCCUGCUACCAGCUGUCACUAGGUCCGGUGGUCUCUUGACGACUACCGUCCCACUUCGAGCUGCUUCUCGAUUGUCCAAACGAUUCAUCCACUCUUCUCUCCUUCGACCUGUCGCCGCUGCCCCUGCCGGCACCUCUUCCUCCAACACGAUCAAUGUCCCCCCUCCUUCAGCCUCUGCCGUAGACCAGUCUCGUCAAGUCUCCUCCGACCCGUACGAUGAAGCCAAGAAUGCUGCCUUUUUAGGCGAGGCUGACUCCGACGAUGGAUUCGAAGCAGGUAGGCUCGAACGAGGUGACACGGACGAAGCCGUCGAUCCUGCCAUUGCCCGCAACGCGGCCUUUUUGGGAGAAGCUGACUCGAACGACGGUUUCGAGGCACGCAGAGCCGAAGAGGGUGACACGUACCCCGGCAUUGAUCCAUCCGCUGCCAGGAACGCCGCCUUUCUGGGUGAAGCCGAUUCAGACGACGGUUUCGAGGCACGUAGAGCCGAAGAGGGGGAUAGUCACGAAGCGAUGGAUGCCACGAAUGCCGCAUUUCUGGGCGAGGCCGAUAGUGACGAUGGCUUCGAGGCGGACAUCGAGGUAAACCCAGCAAAGCAUCAUCACAAAAUCGAAGACACCAGUGAGAGUGGCUUUCAUGCCGAACGAGGAGAGUUGCGUUGAAGAAGCCCAAUGUCGGACCACAGACGCCGUUCCAGAUUGAUUCUUCCAAGUGAUCUUACCUUAUCUGUUCAUCGAGUUAUUCGGGGGGCUGCUCGGCUCGUGUAUCUUAGGUGAACGUGUCUGCACAACGAUGCAUUACCUGCAAAACCACAAAAAAUGGGGAUUAGCUGUAUCAAUUAGUUAUACCAUUGCAAAA